CUGCUUUGCAGCUUUGACAUGUCGGCGCGGCAAUUAAAAAUUGAUGCAACGUGAUUUUGUGAAAAAGCAGCUGUGAGGUUAAUCACCUUCCUGCACAGAAAAUGAGGACAUCCAAAGGUCUUUUGCUGUUGAGGAUCACCACAGUUCACACACCCCCUCACUUGGAGAGGAGCCUCCCUCCUGGUCUGCUGUACCCAUUGGACUCCACAGUGGAUCAUUAACCACAUCAGUCUGAGGACUCCGUCCAUAACAUCCUCAAAUGGACAAACAGCGACUGAUGAAAAGAACACCUAGGCCAGCAGCACAUACAACCCAGAUUAAAGCAGCUCCCGGGCACAGAAGUUGACCAUUAACCUCCCAGGCAGCUGAUCCUCCACAGUGGAUCCUGAAGCAAAGUUCACCGUCAAAGGCAGCACAAGUCUGUCAUACAACAGGAGCUUGUCUCCCUCCUCUGGAUUUGUCCUCUAUUCUUCCACUUUUUGACAUUUUUUAGGACUAACUGCAGCCAUGGCAACAGCAAGUUAUGGAUAUUACCGAGCCACUAUAUUUCUGGCCAUGUUUGUCGGCUACACGCUGUAUUACUUCAACAGAAAGACCUUCUCCUUUGUGAUGCCUUCUCUAAUGGAAGAGAUUAAGCUGGAUAAGGAUGACCUGGGUAUGAUCACCAGCAGUCAGUCUUUGGCCUACGCUAUCAGUAAGUUCAUCAGUGGCGUGCUGUCAGACAGGAUCAGCGCCCGUUGGCUCUUCUCCAUUGGCCUGUGCAUGGUGGGAGGCAUCAACGUGGUCUUCUCCUGGUCCUCCACUGUCGCUGUCUUCUCUGCCCUGUGGUUCCUCAACGGACUGGGCCAGGGCCUCGGCUGGCCCCCCUGCGGCAGGGUGCUGCGCAAGUGGUUCGAGCCCUCUCAGUUCGGGACGUGGUGGGCCAUUCUCUCGUGCAGCAUGAAUCUGGCUGGCAGCUUGGGGCCCAUCAUCGCCACCGUGCUGACCCAGAGCUACAGCUGGAGGACCAUCCUGUCCGUGUCUGGGAUGAUUUGUGUGGUGGCCUCCUUCUUCUGUCUGCUGUUCAUCAAGAAUGAGCCCAAGGAUGUGGGGCUGCCCAACGUAGAGGCAGCAGCCAAGAAGAGCAAAGGAGGAUCGUCCAGUGAUGAAAGCAGCCUGUCUGAGUUCCUGCUGUCCCCCUACCUGUGGCUGCUGUCUGUGUCCUACCUGGUGGUGUUCGGGGUGAAGACGGUCUGCACCGAUUGGGGACAGCUGUUCCUGAUCCAGGACAAGGGCCAGUCCACACUGAUGGGUAGCUCAUACAUGAGUGCCCUGGAGGUUGGAGGCCUGUUGGGCAGCCUGGCAGCAGGUUACUUCUCUGACAAGGCAGUGGCCAAACAAGGCAUGAAAAUCUAUGGCAACCCUCGCCACUUCAUCCUGAUCUGCAUGAUGGUUGGGAUGUUUGUGUCCAUGUACCUGUUCAGAGUGACGGUGACUCCUGACAGCCCAAAGGUACCUGUUCUAAGAUCCAGUCCCAUUGGACAAACAUAUUUCACUGAGAGAACCUCUAAUGCAACACACUGCAUGUCCUCUUCAUGGAUGUAUCUCAUGUACCUUCAGGUGUGGAUACUUGGCCUAGGUGCUGCUUUUGGUUUCUCCUCUUAUGGACCAAUCGCCUUAUUUGGAGUUAUAGCCAAUGAAAGCGCUCCAUCCAACUACUGUGGGACGUCUCAUGCCAUUGUUGCCCUGAUGGCCAACAUCGGUGGCUUCCUGUCUGGUCUCCCGUUUAGCACCAUCGCCAAGCACCACGGCUGGGAGAUGGCCUUCUGGGUAGCAGAGAUCACGUGUGGCGUGACCACGAUCGGAUUUUUCCUGCUGCGUAACGUCCGCACCAAGAUGGGUCACGUGUCCAAGAAGGCCGACUAAAACAUCAUCACACCUCAACCUCUGCAUCCGGAGGACACCUGGAGCCAUUGUUGUAUUUUCAUAUUUUUCUUACUUGAUUUUUAUACCACAGUAUUUUCCGUCUAACAGAACAGAAACAAAAACUCAGCUCUGACAAGUUUAGAGCUUUUUCUGUUAAAGCCUGUUUUGAAAGGUGCUUUUUUCGAAAUACAGUAUUUUUUUGUAAACAGGGCAUCUCAACAACUCAACAAUGGAAUGUAAAUGACAUAAAGCACAUUAUGUAUGUCAUAUAAUGAAACGGGGCAGAAACACAACUAGAGAAAGGUGACAAGAGCACAAAAUUGGUUUAGAAACUGGUCUACUUUACAAUAUCUGUGUUUGAAAAACAACAACUUUGUAAUACUGAAUCAUGAAUGAAAUCAAUUCACAUUUUUUGUAGGAAGCAAAAUGUGUGGUCUUACAUAUGAGAAGAGUCAAAGGCUUGAAUAAAUUAUACUUUGUUGUUAAGUUUUUUUCAUUCACU